AUGGCAGAUGGGAACGAAAGAUUGCUGCCGAUCGCAAAUGUUGGGCGGAUCAUGAAAAGGAUAAUUCCGCCAGGCGCCAAGAUCUCAAAAGAAGCCAAAGAAACUAUGCAAGAAUGUGUGUCCGAGUUCAUAUGCUUCGUCACUGGCGAGGCGUCCGACCGGUGCCUUAAGGAGAACCGGAAGACGGUGAAUGGAGACGACAUCUGCUGGGCCCUCACCUCCCUCGGAUUCGAUAACUACUCCCACACCAUGCUCACCUUCUUGAACAGAUGGAGAGACACACGCCCAACCCCAACCAACAAAACUCACCACAAAGAUUAA